AAAGAUGUCGAUGAAUUAUAUCGAUUGAAUAUUUUAAAUGAACAAGAAAUUAAUGAAGCAGAUUUGACAGUAGAAGAAACUACUGAUUUCACGUCUAAAGAUCAAAGUACUGAUACUUUUCAUAGUGAUGAAGAAGACAAUGAACCAGUAAAUAAUGAUAAUUUCAAAGACUACUCCUAUUCUUCUUUUGAACCAUUCCAAGAUCUAAGUGCUACUUAUUAA